AUGUUAAGUAGAUAGUAUCCCUCCUCUUAGACUAGCUAAUAAGACUCAAGUGAUGAUUUCCCUAUCAAAACUCACCACAAUAAUAUGCAAAGCGCCUAGAUAUUCUAGCAAAAUUAAUUCACAGACAACUAUAGAAGUUCAAUAGAUGAAAAUUCCCCUUAUAAGGAUGAAUAUAUUGAUAAUGAAUUCUAAGAAAAUGAAUUUAAAGAGUAAGUAAACUAAGCUACCUCUCAAAAUGAUAAUGGCAGAAAUUAAAAAAGAGGUAAGUUAUAAAAUAUUAAUGCAAAUAUUAAUGCAGAUUUACUUGGCAGCGGCCACAGAAAGAGUGGAACUAUGCAGAUAAACUACACAAUGACAAGUCUAAAGAGCCCAGUACUUAAAAAUAAAAGAAACUAGGUGAGUUAAAAGGCUGGAAGUAUUUCUUAGCAAUCUUAAGCAUCAUAGUCAUAAAAUUAGCAAGUGAAGCCUAAUUUUAUUAAUAACUAGUAAAUGGCACAAUAACUAUCAUUGAAAGACAAAGCUAUUACUAGAAAUACUUCAAAAAAUUAAUCUCUGAAUCAAUCUCGCUCUAAUAUUGUUCCUAGCAGUAGUCAAGGUCACGCUCGAGCAGGAUCAAAUAUGGAUAUCGAUAGUAUUUAAAGAACAUAACUUUAGUCAUCAAACUUAAAGUAGUAAAACGAACCUCUAGAUUAAGAUUCAAAUGGUAGUUUAGUUGGAAAUUCCAAUAAAACUCCUUAAAUCUUACUUAAUAUGCUGGGGAAUCUGAUCAGAGAAAUUGAAGUUUACUUGCCUAAAUCAUUUGAUUAUUUGAAAGCCUUAGAUCUUGAGAGUGAUUUGAAACGAGCUAUUAAUAACACUCCAACUGGGGCAACAUAAAUAAACGAGUAGUUGAAUUUUAAGAUCACCCAGUUCAUUCUUGAUCAGGAGAGUAAGAUUGCAGCUGCUUAAAGGUCUCUCAAUAAUUCACAGAUAAAUAAUUCAAGACUAGAAAAUAGCUAAAAAAGGUUGAAGUAAUUCAAUAAUGAGGAGGAAAAGUUAGAAGAUUAGCAAAAUAAUAACAAUGGAACAGCAAAUUAACCACUAACUACUCAAUAGAAAAAGUAAUAGACUAAAAGCAUGAUGCUAAAGCAGUAAUUUAAUCCAGAAUAGCAGGAAGAAUAUGAUUAAAUAUCUGCACUAUAUGAGUAAUCUCUAAGCAUGAUUAUGGCUAAAGAUGUAAUGAAGUUUAAAUCUUUUAUUGGAAAAGGUCCUGAACUUCCAAUUGGUAUUGCAUUUCUAUACUAUUUAGUAUCAUAGGAAUCAAGCAUUAUGCUUAGUAAUGAUAAAAAGACUAUUGUGAAUGCUCAAUGGGAGGAAGUUAAAAAGUAAUUUUCAAAUGGAGGAAAAGUAAUAUUUGCUUUUAAGAAGAUCAGAGAUUAUAUAGAGAGUGACUUGAUUAACAUUUCACACUUCUAAUAAAUUCUAUUCUAGCAAGAACAAUUAAAUACUUUCAGCAUAAAUAACGAAGACUCGACUCUAAAUAUAUUUGCUUCUUACCUUUAAAAUACUAUCUCUUUAACUAGAUUCAUUAAGCAGGUGAAAGGUUAUACAGAAGAUUAACUUAAGCCUCCUGUAAAGAGGCUAGCAAAUUUCAGAUCCCCGGACAGACCUAGAACUUCCAUUAUAAGCUAAAACAUAUUAAAUUAGGGUCAAAACCCAAGCAAUCAUCAAUAAUCUAAAUCCUCAAUGAGAAGAUUUUUAUCUCCUGAAAUGUCAUCUAGUCUUCACAACAUAUCUAAAUAGUCCAUUCAUAUCUAGAGAAAUACAUAAUAAGAUUUUAAAAAUGAACUAAAUAACUUGAUUCAUUAGUAAGAGACUGAAAACCUUUAGUAAAGUGCAGAAAAAAAGAAUUAACUUUACAGUUAAAGGUUAAGUUUAGCUUAGGUUCAGCUUAAUAUAAAGAAAAUGAAGUUUGAAAUGGAAAGAGAAGAAAAAUAAGCACUUAAAGAAAGAGAAAAGCAAGAGGAGCAAGAAUAUUUAAAUUUCUAAAGAGAAUAGAUGCUGGCUGAAGCUAAGUUACAAGAUGAAAGAAAGCAGAAAGAAAAAGAAGAUUUUAUCAGAAGAUAGUAAGAGAUGAUUGAAGAAAAUAGGAAAGCAAAGGAAUAUAAAAAAUAAGAAGAAGAUAGAUUAACUAGAGAUAAUUAUGACUUUGAAGUUGAAAAGUAAUUUAAAGAAAAUGAAGUGAGAAAGAAAAAAGAUCAAGAACUGAAUUAGAUAAAACUAAAUCAAAUUUAAAUUUAGGAGAAAGAAAGAGCAGAGAAGGAAAAGUAUAGACAAGAAAAAGUAGAGGAAUAGAGAUAAAGAGAGGAGUAAAGAAAGGUAUUGCUGAGAACAGAAAUGGAAGAGUUGUAGAAAAGAGAAAGAUAAUUGUAGGAUGAAAUAGAGUUCUUGAGGCAAAUGAAAAGUAUGCCAGUUAGGAUUCCAGGAUCUAAAAGAUGA